AUGAGCUAUGACAGGGCGAUCACGGUUUUCUCCCCAGAUGGGCACCUUCUGCAGGUGGAGUACGCUAUAGAAGCGGUCAGGCGUGGGGGUUGCGUUGUCGGAGUCAGAGGGAAGGACGUCGUGGUGCUUGCCGUCGAAAGAAAGGCAGCAGCAAAGCUCCAAGAGCCCAGGACAAGCCGAAAGUUGCUGCUGCUAGAUGAUGGUCUGUGUUGCGCCUUUGCUGGACUCCAUGCCGACGCGCGUGUGCUGAUGGCGAAGGCGCAGCUGGAGGGGCAGAGUUACAGACUCAACAAUGACACACCUCCCACAGCAGACUACAUGGCGAGGUAUAUUGCACAGGUCCAGCAGAAGUACACCCACAGAGGCGGUGUGCGACCCUUUGGCCUUUCCACGCUUCUGGCCGGUGUCGAUGGCGAAGGCCGCGUGGCACUUUACCAGACGGAGCCAUCGGGCAUCUUCGCUCGCUGGAAGGCGCAGGCACUUGGGAAGAACUCGAAGACCGUGCAGGAGUAUUUGGAAAAAAAUUACAAGGAGGAUCUGGGGGAGGAGGAGACUCUUUCCUUGGCCUUCAGCGCCUUGACUGAAGUUGUAGAGGCUGGCAAGAAGAACCUUGAGUGCGCCAUCAUCCGCAAGGACCGCGUGGAGUUCCUUCCGGAGGAACGCAUUGCCGUGGAGGUCGAGCGCCUUGAGGCACAAAAGAAGUCAGUGGAAGAGGAAGUCAGGCCCGCUGACAGCUAA